UUGUGUAAAGAUUGUCGUCAGAAUUGUGUGUCACACACAGCGGAACUUUGCUUUAACAACUGUCUUUGCACCAAGUCGAAACUUGUCCAGCAACGAACAAAACAUCUGAGAAGCUAACAAAAAUUGACACCGGAAAAAGUCUUUGUAGUUCUUCUAUUCGCCGUUUUUUUUGGGCCAUAAUGUCUGACGAGGAAGAAGACUAUAUGUCUGAUGCAUUUCUGAGUAAAAUUCGAGAUGUAAAACCAGGUGUCAGCAUGGUGAGGAGGAUGAAGGAAGCAAUUAAGAAGGAAGAGCAGCAUAAGGAAAAGAACAUCAAGAACCGCCAGAAAACCUACAAGGAACAGGAGAAGGAAAGUCGAGAGACAGCACUGCAAAGUGCCAUUAGCAAUCAGAACAAAGGUUUUGCGCUUCUUCAGAAAAUGGGCUACAAAGCUGGCCAGGGCCUUGGGAAGGAGGGAGCAGGACGGGUUGAUCCAAUUCCACUGAGUAUUAAAACAGACCGUGGGGGUAUUGGACUGGAGGAGCUGAAAAAAAGAAAAGCCGAGGAGGAGCUUGAACAUUAUCGACACAAAGUACAAGCCAAAAAACAGAAUGAGACAAAGUCUCUUGAAGAUUUUAGGUCAAGAGUAAGGACAGAGAGAGAAGAGCGAAAGAUUGAAGGGGACCUAAGGAGGAGUCAGCUAUCUUGUGAGCAACUUGACAGUCAGAAGGGCAUAACCAUCCCGAGAGAAGCCUGGUACUGGCCAAAAUCCAACGUUGAUGAUGAGGAAGAUGAUCUUGAAGAGGAAGAUGAAGAAGAGGAUAUUGUAGAACUAACUUCCUUUGAUAAGCUGCAAAUUUUAACAUCCUACUUGAGAGGGGUCCAUUUUUACUGCAUAUGGUGUGGGACUGCCUAUAAUGAUGAAGAGGAUUUGUGCUCCAACUGUCCAGGCAACACAGCAGCAGAACACGACUGAUCUUGAUUGAAAACAAUGUUUAGUAACCUCUAAUGAUAACGCUGUGGCAAAUAUUUUAGACUUGAAAUAUUAUCUUUAUGAGACAACUCUAGAGAUUGUUUUUCAGUAGAUGAAUCAGGCUCGGUGUAAUAUAGUAACCGACAUUUGUUUGAUUAGAAAUGUUGAAAAAAAUCAUUUCAGUAUUUAUAUUUUAAAAGAUUUGGAAGAUUCUUUUUUUUAAAACUUGUUUCAAGAGUAGUUACAGCACAUGCCCAUGUUUCCAUUAAAUGUUAUAAAAAUUUAA